AGCGCGCGUAACCUGCUCCUGCACUGCUUAGUGUUGAAGCUUGGUGUUGUGUCCACUAUCCUGCUCCGGCACUGUUCAGUGUUGAAGCCUUGAUGGCAGAUCAUCCCCCAAUGAGAGAGGCCGGUGGCCUGUCUGUGUCGCUGAGAUACUACUGUACAGCGGGGAAAGGUAUGGAACAGUUUCUCGCAGAAGAGGUGCAGCUUAAAUUAUCAGCCAGCGAUGUUCACUAUGUAUCGGGGAAAGUCUUCUUCACGACAAGCACCGACAUCCAGAAAGUCGUUGGCCUGAAGUCGGCGGAGCGGCUGUUCCUCCUGCUGAAGAAGGAGGCGCCCCUGUCUGACACGUGGAGCGCAGGCCAGGCCGCUCGAGUGAUCCGGGAGAGGAUCAUCGGAGAGCACCAGGCAUGGAACAGCAGCCUCCAGUGGUGGCAGAACCUCAGACAGGCUCUGGGAGAGGAGGAGGCCGAUCAAAACAUCGUAAGGCGGGGUCAAAAGAGGAAGUGGUUGGAGGGGGAGGAGCCUCUGCCUGUGGCCCCUCCCCCAGAGGUCUUAGAAGGGGAGCGCCACCUGGUGGAGGCCCCAGCUUCAGAGGAAAGCGAGGUCACCAGCGCUCAGAAGCCAGCGGUGACCUUCAGAGUGUGCUGUCGCUGCAGCGGCACCGUCGCCAGGAAACUCAGCUCGCAGGACCUGGGCCGGUUAAUUGGCACGGCCAUUAGCAGGCAGCUCCGCUGGAAAGUAGAGCUGAGGGAACCUAAAGUGGAGGUUAAUAUCCACUUAACUGACGAUCACUGCGUAAUUGGGAUGCCGCUCCUAAGACUCCCUCUAGCCCAGCGGAGUUACAUAAGAACGACGGGGCUGAGGUCCACAGUGGCUUGGGCGAUGGCAUCCCUCGCCGACAUUAAGCCUGGUUCCCUCGUUCUGGACCCGAUGUGCGGCGUGGGCACGGUGCUGUUGGAGGCCGGGAAAGAGUUCCAGGGUUCCUUCUUCCUCGGGAUGGAUAUCGAUCCAUCACAGCUGGAGAAAGCCAGUGAAAAUAUACGAUUCGCAGAGCUUUCGAACUCCAUCGAAUUGCUGCAGUCUUCCGUCACUGCCAUCCCCUUGCCCUCCUGCAGCGUGGAGGCCGUCGUCUGCGACGUCCCGUUCGGGAGGAAAUUCGGCAGCAGGGUCGAGGCCGCGGCGUCGCUGCCGGCUGCAGUGAAGGAGAUGGAGAGAGUUCUCUGUUCAGGAGGCACCUUGGUCCUGCUGCUCAGCCCUCAGCUCUCCAUCCUUCUGGAUGGCAUCCUGAGCCCCUCCCCCACUGCCGACGGCCUUGGACACCAGCCUGGAGGAGACCCUGUUGAGUCUGGCCGCCCAGCACGCCCCCUCCCAUCGCUGCGGCUCUCCAAAACGUACCGUGUGGGCCUGGGCACCACUGACGGACUCAUACACAAGUACAGGAAGAUGCCGCAAUGUGAAACAAGGACCUAACCCCCCCCCCCUCCUCUAGCCCGACAUGUUUAGUAAAAGCGAAGGAGACUACCCUAUAAACUUAUUUUUUUACAAUA